UGGAUAGAGAGCUAGAGCUCUCUCUGUUUCUCUUCUCUGGUCUUUUACAUGACUACUUGAGAGUUGAGAAAAGGUAAGACAAGAUUAUCAACUAUGAAAGCUCCUUGAAGAAAUCUUUCUUUUUUUUUCCUUAUCAACGGAAAAAGAAAAGCUCUCGAAACUCCAAAAGCCUAUAAAACUCACGUCGGAAGGCUCGGGACCAGGAGCACGACCGAGCGGUCCAAGGACCAACAGACAUGUGACUGUCGCAGAUUUAGGUCGUAGGUUCUGCUCUGCUUCGUUCCUGCCAAAGUGCCAACUUCUUCCCUUUCUCCUCUUUUCAUUUCCCCACUUGCUCGUCCACGUGAAUUGGGUUUGGGUCACUGUUGAGUGUAGAACCCAGAAAAGGAAAAGGCAAAACCAAAAAGAGCGUCCUUAAACCCAGCACAAAACCCUCUCUCUCCUUCUCACUCUCAUCCUUGUUUCAUGCUUGUUUGCUCAUAUCACCUCUAACUCAUCACCAUCUUCGUGUUUCUGUUGUUGUAACCUAAAAGUUGUACAGACAAAAGUGAACUAGUCCUGAAGAAAAAAGAGAAAAGCAAAAGCAUCUGUAGCAGUGCUGUGAAGAAGCUCAGAUAGAUAGAAGAGAUAAAAAGAAAUGCAGCAACACCUCAUGCAGAUGCAACCCAUGAUGGCAGCCUACAACCCCAACAACGUCACCACGGAUCACAUCCAACAGUAUCUGGAUGAGAACAAGUCCUUGAUUCUGAAGAUUCUUGAGAACCAGAACUCAGGAAAACUGAGUGAAUGUGCAGAGAAUCAGGCAAGGCUUCAAAGGAACCUUAUGUAUCUGGCUGCCAUUGCUGAUUCUCAACCUCAACCACCUGCCAUGCAUGCUCAGUAUCCUACCAAUACCAUCAUGCAGCCAGGUUCUGCACACUACAUGCAGCACCAGCAGACCCAGCAGCAGAUGACACCGCAGUCACUCAUGGCUGCUCGAUCCUCCAUGUUGUAUGCCCAGCAGCCUUUGUCAGCACUGCAGCAACAAGCUUUGCAUAGCCAGCUUGGUAUGAGCUCAAGUGGGAAUAGUGGACUUCACAUGCUGCAUGGCGAUGCCAGUGUGGGAGGCAAUGGUGCAAUUGGGCCUGGAGGCUUUCCUGAUUUUGGCCGCACAACUGGGGAGGGCCUGCAGGCCGCCAGCAGGGGAGUGACAGUUGCAAGCAAGCAAGAUGUGACAGGUGCAGGUUCUGCUGAUGGGAGAGGUGGCAACUCAGGUCAAGGCGGAGAUGGCAAUGAGCCUCUGUACUUGAAAGGUUCUGAAGAUGAAGGGAAUUGAGUGGUGAGCAUGGGCUCCCCGGCCGUGAACAUGCUAACUUGGAGCAUCCCGCUAAACAUAAAUGUUGUUGCAUAGUGGACUUAUUGUGGGAUAAACGAUUAUGACAAUAAUGAUGAUGGUGACUACAGGCUACUUGCUUUUCUUGUUGAAGUAUAAGACAUGCAUCUUGCAUUAGGUUAUCUUGUAAAUCUCUAGGUUGUCGAGGGACAUGUUCUCUUUGUGCUUUCCUCACCAAUUUCUUUGUGCUAGUAGUAGUAGACUAGUAAUAGCUGCGAGCAGGCAAAAAUUUAACA